GGGGCCGGGCCGUGCGCGGGGGCCGGCGCCGAUGGCGGCAGGCGCAGGGGGCGGCUGAGGGAGCCGCCGGUGCCCGUCGCGUCCAUCGACCGCCGACGUCUCGCCCGCCCCGUCCCUUUGCCCGCCGCUAUGGAGGCGCUGAUCCCUGUCAUCAACAAGCUGCAGGACGUGUUCAACACGGUGGGGGCCGACAUCAUCCAGCUGCCGCAGAUCGUGGUGGUGGGCACGCAGAGCAGUGGAAAAAGUUCUGUGUUGGAAAGUCUUGUGGGGAGGGAUCUGCUCCCACGAGGUACUGGAGUUGUCACCCGGAGACCCCUUAUUCUGCAGCUGGUGCACGUUUCCCCAGAGGAUGGUCGGAAAGGAGCUGGAGAUGAAAAUGACCCUGCUACAUGGAAAAAUUCAAGACACCUUGCUAAAGAGGUAGAUGCUGCAGAAUGGGGUAAAUUUCUUCAUACCAAAAAUAAGAUCUAUACAGAUUUUGAUGAAAUUCGUCAGGAAAUAGAAAAUGAAACAGAGAGGAUUUCAGGAAACAAUAAGGGGAUCAGUCCUGAACCCAUUCAUCUUAAGAUUUUUUCACCUAAUGUUGUAAAUCUGACUCUUGUGGACUUACCUGGAAUGACAAAGGUGCCUGUUGGUGAUCAGCCUAAAGACAUUGAACUUCAAAUAAGAGAGCUCAUCCUUCAGUUCAUCAGCAACCCCAAUUCCAUUAUCCUGGCAGUCACGGCUGCCAACACGGACAUGGCCACUUCUGAAGCCCUGAAAAUAGCUCGGGAGGUGGAUCCAGAUGGUCGAAGAACCCUUGCUGUUAUCACAAAGCUGGAUCUCAUGGAUGCUGGCACUGAUGCUAUGGAUGUGCUCAUGGGAAGAGUGAUUCCAGUCAAACUUGGCAUCAUUGGAGUAGUGAAUAGGAGUCAGCUGGAUAUUAACAAUAAGAAGAGUGUGGCUGAUUCCAUUCGUGAUGAGUAUGGGUUUCUCCAAAAGAAAUACCCUUCCCUUGCCAACCGAAAUGGAACCAAGUAUCUUGCUAGAACACUGAACAGAUUGCUGAUGCAUCAUAUCAGGGAUUGCUUGCCAGAACUGAAAACAAGAAUUAAUGUUUUAGCUGCCCAGUACCAGUCUCUACUGAACAGCUAUGGGGAACCUGUUGAAGACAAAAGUGCUACUUUAUUGCAGCUGAUCACCAAAUUUGCCACAGAAUAUUGUAAUACUAUUGAAGGAACAGCAAAAUACAUAGAGACUUCAGAGCUAUGUGGUGGAGCCAGAAUCUGUUAUAUUUUUCAUGAGACUUUUGGAAGAACUUUAGAAUCUGUUGACCCUCUGGGUGGCCUUAACACAAUUGACAUUCUGACUGCCAUUAGAAAUGCCACUGGUCCUCGUCCUGCCUUGUUUGUUCCUGAGGUUUCCUUUGAGUUGCUGGUAAAAAGGCAAAUCAAACGUUUGGAAGAACCAAGCUUGCGCUGUGUGGAGCUGGUUCAUGAGGAAAUGCAGAGGAUUAUCCAGCAUUGUAGUAAUUACAGUACACAGGAAUUACUGAGGUUUCCUAAAUUGCACGAUGCCAUAGUUGAAGUAGUAACCUGUCUUUUGCGUAGGAGACUUCCUGUCACAAAUGAAAUGGUUCAUAAUCUGGUGGCCAUUGAGUUAGCUUAUAUUAAUACCAAACAUCCAGACUUUGCUGAUGCCUGUGGGUUAAUGAAUAACAACAUAGAGGAGCAAAGGCGGAACAGGUUAACCCGGGAAUUGCCUUCUGCUGUGCCACGAGACAAGUCUACUAAAGCUCCAGGUGCAUUGGCACCUGCUUCCCAGGAGACUGUUACUGCUGCUUCUGCUGAGGCUGAUGGCAAGAAUCCUUCUGUAGGAGCAGAUGCACCUCAGGAGUCUGGAACAGGCAACUGGAGAGGAAUGCUGAAACCCUCCAAACCAGAAGAGGUAUCAGCAGAGGAAAAAUCCAAGCCAGCUGCAGCCCUACCUGCUAGUCCUCAAAAAGGACAUGCUGUAAACCUAUUAGAUGUGCCUGUACCUGUUGCACGCAAACUUUCUGCCCGUGAGCAGCGAGAUUGUGAAGUGAUUGAACGACUUAUUAAAUCUUACUUCCUUAUUGUCAGGAAGAACAUUCAGGACAGUGUGCCAAAGGCAGUGAUGCAUUUUCUGGUGAACCACGUGAAGGACACUCUCCAGAGUGAGCUGGUGGGCCAGCUGUACAAAUCCCUGUUGUUGGAUGACCUUCUCACAGAGUCUGAGGACAUGGCACAGCGCAGGAAAGAGGCAGCUGACAUGCUAAAGGCCCUGCAGCGAGCCAGCCAGAUCAUUGCAGAGAUCCGAGAGACACAUCUUUGGUGAAGACUGUAUCAGCCACACUAUUUAUAUGCAUUGGAGGUUACAUUGGCUUGACAAUUGCUAGGCAUGGUAUACGGAGUAGAAUUUUUAUUUAUGAACUCUUCUUAUCUGUGUACUGCAACUGUGUAAAUCUGCUCAUGUAAAGACAGUUGGUUUGAUUUGCAAACAGAAAAACAUGCUGUAUUUUGCAAAAGAAGUCGUAUUUAAUCCAUAUAAUAAAUGGCUCUAAAUGUUUCCUUACCAGGUUUCUGGUGCAAAUUAAAGCAGACCAAGUCUUCUGUCUCAGUGACAGUCUCAUUUGAACUUGGGGAAAAACAUUCAAGUUCCAGUGCCUGACUUGCUGAACAGGUUGCCUGUGGUUAAGACAGCCAGUGUAGUCUUGUGGCAUAGUUUUAAGCUGCUUUUCCAGUAGAAGUUUCAAUACUGUGAAGAAAAGAGAGCACCGAGUAUUUUCUUUCAUGAAUAUAUUGCAUGCACUGUGACAGAUGGAGGUCUCCAUUUUAUAGCACAGUAGAGAUGUUGAGCGUAUUACUAUGUAUGUGUGUUCCCUUUUUUUUUCCUUUGUCCCCAAAUGUUUCAAUGGCAGACAAAACUUCAGAUUUGAUUUCAUGGAGUAUCAUGUAGGAAGAAUUAGCCUGGAGCUUGUGAACAAGAACAGCCUACUAAAAAGUGGCUGCAGAGUUAUUAAUGUGCACUGGAGCUUGUGUAUGAAUGUUGGAGUUUAAAAUCAGGCACAAGGAUACCUUCCCCUUCCUCCCCCCUGGGACCAAGCCCCUGGACUAUCUGAUAGUAAAUUUGCUCUGGCAGAACUGAAAAUAAAACUGGAUUUCAAAACUGUCA